AUGCCUGUCCGGUCUGUGCGACGAGAACCGCGCCAGAGCAUCAUGCGAUUGUCUAGCGCCUUUAUACGCUCCUACUCCCCCUCCCUCAAAAAAGGUGUCUAUCACCUCCGCAGUAUAGAUGAAAUGCGUUGGAGCGUCCCGAUGAAGGUCUGA